AUGGUCUCUCUUUCUGCCCUCGUUGAAGGACAAAAUCCAAGAUCCAUCGAUCUCAUUCUCACGUACACGACGGCCUUUCUUUGUUCCAUCGUAGUCCUGGUGGCAAUGACUUGGUUACAACCGUCCAUACCAUGGACAUGGACACAACUCAUCAUUGCUUUUCUUCUCACCAGUGAUUUAAUUGGAGGAGUCAUUUCAAAUUUAACCCACUCGACCAAUUCGUAUUAUCAAAAGUCCACCCAAGCAUCCAUUCUCUUUCUUCUCGCUCACGGCAUUCAACCCUUAGUCAUGGUUGGAUUUUUUGACAUGUCAUGGAAUUGUUUUUGGUUUUUAUACGUGUACAUGUUAGUGUCGUGUGGAGUGGUGAGAUGGUGUUUGGGAGCAAAUGGCUUGACCAGUGCUUACUCCGAAUAUCAAUCUCAAGUGGCUGCUUGUUUUAUGGUAUUGGGAAUGGUUGUGAGUUCUACGUGUGGUUUGCAAAGCAGUUCGAACCAAAUCAUGAGUUGGUUUCCUGCAGUGUAUUUUGUGAAAUUAAUCUAUGCAUUUUCAGUGAAUCAUUACCAUCCUCAACAACAAUAUUCUAAAUAA